AAUGUUGAAAAAAUUUCUAUCAUCGCUCAGGCGAAAUGUCUCUCGCCAAUGAAAAAGAAAACUUCAGCAAUUCAAUAUUGGCCACACUGCCUCGAGAUUUUUAUAAAGAUUAUCUCGGGCUAAUCGAGAAUAAAAAUGAAGAAGACAAGAAUGUACCUUUUUUUGAGAUUGAGUUGCUGCGAAAUGAUUGCGAAUUAUGUCGGUCUGUAGUAGUUGUGGAAGAAUUCGGUGAUGUUUUCUCAGAGAAGGCUAAAAAUGUGAUAAGCGAUGAAUCGAAAGAAAACGGUUUAACAGAAAUAAAAGAGGCAUCUAUUCGUAAAAGAUUAUCGCAUUUAUACGAAGCCCAUUUAAAGGAUACGAGUGACGAAACCCUAGUUAUUGAAGAAAAAAAAGUCCUCAUACAUAAGAGUCUGUUGUCAAAGUUAAGUUCGUUUUUUGAAGCUUUUUUUAGCGAUAGGUGGGAAGGUCCAGACGAUGAAGUUAAAUUAAAUGGAGUUUCUUAUAAUCAUUUUGUGAAAGUUUUAGACAUUGUUUACUGUAAAUUCCCACAAGUUGAAAAGGAAGAAAUAUUUCCUCUUCUUGAACUAUCUGAAAUCUAUGAUAUUAGAAUAGCUAGCUUGUAUUUAGCUGCUUGUAUAGAAGUUGUAUUAUGUCGAAGAUUUCGACGACCUGAGAAGAAUAAGGAGGAUGCCUUUCACGCUUUUCACUUAUCAGAUCGUUUUAGACUAGAUAGAUUAAAGGAUAAAAUUGUACGUUGGUUCUGUAAAUAUUGGCAAGAGUUUUGGAGAAAUGAAAACUUUUCAGUCGGUGGCAUGAAAUUACACAAUGCCUGUAUGGAAAGUUCAAUCCAAGCAUGGACCGUAAAUGGUACCUCAAUUAAAAGUUUAAUAGAGCAUCUAUCAAAUUUAGCCUCAUUCCAAAAUAACUUACCAAGUGAUAAAAGCCAAAAUACUCAGAAUAUGUGCAAUAAAAUUGCACUUAAACUUAACCAAAUACUCUGCUCUGAAUUAUCAUAUAAGAAAGCGGUUCUUCUAGCGAAUAUAGCGUUGAACGAUGAAGACUUUAAAUUGGUGGAAAUUGCAAUGGAGCAUCUGAAAGCUGAACAGGCAUUAAAAAUGUAUGAAAAUAUUGUUGACUUCCCUAAUGAGGAGGGAAGAGACUUUCUACCAAAAUUAAUGGCUAUAUUGAAAGACUUUAUAAAGAAGAACUUUCAAAAAUGCUACUCUUGCCAAAAUAUGUGGGAGAAACUUAGUGCCAAACAUCGAAAAUUAAUUUGUACUGAAAGCAACAUGUUCGGUUUUGAAGACAAGCCUUUAGUUAGUUUUCAAAAAAAAAUCAUAAAGAAAAUACCGAAACCAAUUGCAAAAAGGUUAAAACCUAAAAUUGAGGAAAAACCAAAACAAUCUAAACAAAUGGAAGAGAAAAAGGCAUCUUCGCAUAAAAUUUCCUUUCAAGGAGAAUUAAAAGAACUACCUGCAGGUCAAGUUUUUAGAUGUGAAUUUAUACCAACCUUUGAAGUACUAUUUAUUAAUUAA